AUGCUCGUCAUGGGCAUCCCUGAUCUGAGGAUAGAUCCCUCUGAGGCCCUAGAUUCAUACCACAGCUUACGUGGUACUCUGGUGCAUGUUAUUGUUGGCCCCAAACCUGGGCAACGAUUCACCGUUCAUGAAGGGGUAUUUAAAUCUACCCUUGAUGAAGAUUCAUAUCACGAGCUCUUGGAAGAAAACCAAGAAGAUGGGCAUGAAUGCAUUAUUUUGAAAGACCACAGCCCAGCAAGCUUCAAGGUUUAUGUCAACUGGUUGUACCGCCGCAGGAUCCCUAUACCAGGUCAGGCUGUCACGACUUCUUCCGAAGAAGAUGUUAUAGAAGAUGAGUACGUGGAGCUGGCAAAAGCGUACAGUUUGGGAUGCGAGUUAGAAGACUUUGAUUUCAUGGAUACGGUCAUGGACGCAUUCAUGGUGCGGGCAUUCACCAAGGACUCCAAAGGACGGAAUUGGGCCCCCAGUCAUAAGGCAGUUAACCUCAUUCAAGACACUAGCUACAAUGACGUGGCUAUGGAGGUUUUGGGAGAUUUGUACGUGCGUUUUGGAAACCACCAGCACUGGGGUGAGGGGAUGACGAAGGUUUGCAAGACAUUUUCUCAUGAACUAGCGCGAAAGCUCCUGGAAUCCCGUAAGGAGGGAAAGAAUGGGGAUGAUAUUCUGAAGGACACGUGCAAACACCACUUUCAUUCAAAUGGUUCUUGCUACCGAGAUCAGUUGACAGCAGAACAUAUGGAUAAGGGUCAGGAGGAAAACUAG